AUGGCAACUGCAUCAAUAGUUCGUUGUACAAAAUGUGCCAAAAAUGCCGGUACAGUCGCAUGUGAAGGGUGUUCAGCAAAAUUUUGCCCACGGUGUUUCAACAAUCAUCGUCAACAUCUGUCAAAAGAACUCGACAAUAUUGUUUAUGAACAUGAUAUACUCAAACAAGAACUCGAAAAGCCAAGUGAAGAUGAAACUCAUCCUUUAUUAAGACAAAUUGAUAACUGGAGGAAAGAGUCUAUUGAUAAAAUUAAUCAACUUGCUGACCGGUGUCACACCGACGUUGUCAAACUGAUAGGUGAUAACAAAAAUCAACUCGCUGAUGCAUUUCGUAAAUUAACUAAUACGAUUCGUGACGGUCGAAGCGAGGAAGAUUAUGACGAAAGACACCUCAACAUGUGGAUAACCCAAUUAAAAGAACUGAAAGAUAACCUUAUCAAACUGUCGAAUGUGCACGUCGAAGUAGACAAACAACAACCAUCGUGGAUACAAAAGAUCAUAGUGCGCAAAGAUUCACACCAGCAAAAAGAAGUGAAAGAUAGUAAGUUGUGA